AUGCAUUUUAUCAAUUUUCUUAUUUUGCUUCGUUCCCCAAAUAUUAAAAUUUUUUUAGUCGAAACAGGAUUACCUAAAACAAUUAUUUUCUUGCUAGCUGCAACCACAAGGAUAGAGUUGCUUGGCAAAGUAACGACAGGGCUGCAUUUUUCAUCAAAAUUCAAGCUUAAACAAAGAGAAAAAUCCGAUAUAUUUCAUAUUUAA